AUGAGCAGUUCUCCUGGACCUGUGGAGGGUACUACUGAUUUGGAGUGUGAUCAGAAACCAGCAUCUGUUGAUGCUAUAGAUGGUUUGGGUCCUGUUAUGCCCUGGGGUCCCAGUGGAAAUGGACUGAUCUCUGGACUGCUGGGACUGAAUUUAGUGCUCUUUGGUGCUGCUCUGGUGGUAGGAAGUGCCUUCAAUCCUUUGGAGCUCAUGCAGACUGAGGUGUUCAUGUUGAUGCUGAUGGGACUGAGUAUGUUGUGGAUGUUGUGGUACCUGACUGGGGCAUGUAGGCAACCGGGAAUCACCCCUUAUACUGACCAUCAUGCAGGGGGCGCCACGGUCAAAGCGGUCCUGUUGCUGUUUGCAGGGUGCAGUCUGUUGUUGUGUAUGUUCAAGAUGGGAUACUACAUACUCAUGAGCUGGUGUCGUCCAAUAUAUAAAGUCAUAUUCACUUUCGUGGAAGCUCCAUUCAUCUCCCUGCAGGUGUAUUUACUUUGGGCUCAUUCCAAAGACUGCGUUCACAAACACAAGAUCCUCACCAGAUCUGGGCUCAUGGUGAUUUUAAGCACAAACGUGUUACUGUGGUUCGGUGCAGUAACAGAUGAUUCCAUUCAUGCGGAAAUAGAGAUGGAAAGACAGAACGCAGACAUCAAUAACACAAACACAGGUUGGGACAACAUCACUCUCUGCCAGUGUGCUGCUAAGCCUGGGUGUGUGGCUCUGCGGAAAGGUUAUGAAGUUUUUUACCCAUUUAACAUGGAGUUCAGUCUGUUAGCUAGCUGUAUGCUGUACGUAAUGUGGAAGAACGUGGGCCGCCGGGUGAUGGAUGGACACCAAGAACAGAAGAUCUCGCUGCAGUCGGUGUUCCAUGGCAUGAUACUGCUGGGGCCUGUACUGGGUUUACUGGUGCUGCUAACGGGUGGCACUGUGUUAGUGCUGUACCAGAUGUGGGUUGGUCAACAAACCCAAAGCAACACUGUAUCUGUGAUAUUCUACGGCUUUCACUUGGGUCUACUUCCCAUCAUAGUGCUAUGCUCUGUAGCAGGAACAUUACUACAGAGAACUCAGAAGAUGGGUAACGGGCACAGGGGUGAUGCAGUACAUGCAUUGGAACAACCCUUUGAUGAAAAUCCCACCCGAAGUCUAGAUGUGGUGUUGCUGAUGGGCACAGCACUGGGCCAGAUCUCUCUGUCGUACUUAUCUCUAGCUGCGGGAAUGUUUCAGGGAUUCAGCAGCAUCAUGGGAAAGCUGGAUUUGUCCUUCUCCAUUCUCAGUCUGUUGGAGCUCUUGGUGCAGAACAUUUUUAUUAUCCAGGGACUGAAUACACACGCUCAUACACACACCACAAAUGUGCAGACUGGAGAAAACAAUGUCAUCUAUAAGGAGAAGGAGCAUGUUAUUCGAGGGGGAGGGACUGACCCACCUGCCCCGCCUACUUGCCAACAGAAAUGCCAUGACACUCGUGACUGGAACAAGACGGUUAUUCGGGAGAUCAGUGCUUUCCUUAUCCUGUCUAACAUCAUGCUCUGGGUGAUUGCAGCAUUUGGCGCUCACCUGCAAUUCGAGAAUGGAAUCGGGAAGCAGUUCUAUGGGUUUUCUGCCUGGUUUGUGCUGGUGAAUGUGUGUCAGCCGCUUACUGUUUUUUACCGUAUGCACUCUGUAGGAGCCUUGAUGGAGAUCUUCUUUUCUGCAUGAGCACAGACUGUUAGAUUCAGACACAUAUCACACAUAAGACACAGUAUGGUUACAUGAUCAGAAACAAAACUCACCACAUUCCUCCUUUUCUAGUUUCAUCAAGUUCACUGGCCUACACUAA